UCCUCCAUCGGAGCAGCUGCGCCACGUCCAGAUGUGGACUGUGAACGAAGCCACGUGCAGGUAUCGCUAUGCCGCUAUUGAUAGCAUCAUCACCGAUAGCAUGCUGUGCGCCGGCUGGCUCGACGUCGGCGGUCGCGACCAGUGCUUUGGUGAUUCCGGUGGUCCUCUCUACCACAAUGGUGUCGUCGUUGGGGUGUGCUCCUGGGGAGAGCAAUGCGCUUUGCCUCGCUUCCCUGGUGUCAACGUUCGUGUCUCACGCUUCGCUAACUGGAUCAGGAGCAAUGCCUAAAUUUUCUGGAAGUGCAAUGUAAAAAUAUCGUCUACCAUAUUUUUUUUUUUUCUAUAUUUUACCGGAAAGUUGUUUGGGAUAUACAAUGUGUAUAUAUUUUUCUUCUAAAGAUAGCUAUUAUUGUAUAGAUAAUCCCUACCAAGUUCCAUAAUGAGCUGAGAAAUCGUUUAGGUGCUAGACCCGCUACAGUAGUAGUUUCUGCACUGGUUCGCCUCUAGCGCACCUACAAACGUACCGUAUCAGUAUGCACGCAUUUAGUUUAUAAUACCUAACAGACCCGCAAAAUAUACUUAUCAUUCUGAAUCUUGUUGAGUUUUACGGGGCUGUGUGCCUCAAUAUUUCUUUCUCUUUCACACUCAUAGAUAAAAUAGAGCUAAAAGGCUACCUUACAUGCAUAGCUAAAGUAGGUUUCAAUAGCAAUAAGUACUGGAA